UUCUUUGAAAUAUUUCUAGAGAAUUGACUUUUAAUGGUCUUGGCCUCUUGGAGGGCACUAUAAAGUAUCAAAGGGUGCAAGAUAUCUGCACACUCACACCACCAAUCACAUAUAGAAUUCCUGAACCUAAAGCAGCAACCAACCAUGGUAGUAAAGGUGUAUGGUCCAGCAUAUGGUUGCCCAAAGCGGGUGCUAGUUUGUCUCAUUGAGAAACAAAUUGAGUUUGAAACAGUGGAUGUUGAUCUCAUCAAGGGGGAACAUAAGGAACCUGAGUUCCUCAAGUUGCAGCCUUUUGGAGUUGUUCCUGUUAUUCAAGAUGGUGAUUAUACUCUCUAUGAAUCUCGUGCAAUAAUAAGGUACUAUGCUGAAAAGUACAGAGAGCAAGGGACUGAAUUGCUAGGAAAGACAAUAGAAGAAAGAGGUCUUGUAGAACAAUGGCUUGAAGUUGAAGCCCACAAUUUCCAACCUCCAAUCUACAACUUAGUAAUGAAUGUUGUAUUUGGUCCAAUUCAGGGUGUUCCCUCGGACACAAAAGCGGUUCAAGAGAGUGAUGAAAAGAUUGCAAAGGUGCUUGACAUUUACGAGGAGAGGUUGUCGAAGGCGAAGUACUUAGCCGGAGAUUUCUUCAGCCUUGCGGAUCUUAGCCAUCUUCCAUUUGGUCAUUAUCUGGUGAACCAAACAGGGAGAGGGAAUUUGGUUAGAGAAAGGAAGCACGUGAGUGCUUGGUGGGAUGAUAUUAGCAAUAGGCCAUCUUGGCAGAAGGUUGUUCAUGAAUACAAGUAUAUUGUGUAAUUUGCUUGGUUUAGAAGAUAAUUAGAUAAAGCUAGCUACCAUUCUGCUAAUAAGGACCAGUCGUUUGUUUUUGUAGUUUGCUUUUGUGUCUGUAACUCUUUAUCAUGAUGGGUGUGCAAUAAGUUAUUAAAUGAUAAUAAAUAUCUUGUGUUCUUGGUA